CCUUUGCGUCUUUUGUCCAAUAUUGCUGCUCCUGCAGCUUUCUUUUCGGUGCUUUAUGUUGUUUUAAUCACUGAUUUUGUUGCAAAGCUAAUUACAAUCCAGCUGAAAGCAUUGGUGGCAUCGAUACCUGCAAAAUUUUUGUGUAGCCGAAGGCAACGACGAUUUUUCCAAUUUGUCGAAUGUACAAGUCAACUUUACCGUUACUUUUUGCCCAUUCCACAGUGGUCACGUUAUUUUAAUUAUAGGCUCUUCUCAUUGCCUUCAUUGAAUAGCGAUCAUAUUUUCGCUACCAUAUAUAUUUGUUAUAAAUUAUCUUGUGGGCAUAUAUUUUGUGAAGAAUGUAUUGGAACAUGGUUAGAUAAAGAACAUACUUGUCCUGUGUGUCGCGCCACUAUUGCACUAGAAGAUAACACUUGGAAGAAUGGUGACACAACUUUUAUGCCGCAAAUUUGUUAA